GGCCACAGCUGAGAGUCAUCUAGAACGUUCGAGCCGUCAGCAUUCUAUCUUCGCGCCGUCGAAUCCAGUUAGAUUCUCACUUGUAAUCACCAUGGCGGGCUUACCUGGCUUCGUCGGCUUCCCGCUCCACGAGGAGUUCUCGCCGGCGUCCCCCUUCUCGAAGCGACAGAAUGGCUGCGUCGAGUGCGAUACCACGAUUGCGCCGUCGUGUCCCACAUGUGCCCAAGGCGAAGUGUGCCAAUUCACCAUACAGACCUGCACGAGCUGCUCGACAGCCUUCUGCUUGCGCGACCCGACAACCGCCUCCCAAACCCCCAAGGCCAGCGCAGGUCCCAAUGUAGGUGCCAUCGCCGGCGGCAUAAUAGGCGGGCUCGUCGCCAUCGGCCUCGUCACCUACAUCGUGUGGCGGUUCUGCAUCAAGAACAAGCGGCGCCAGUACGAGCCGGAGCACUGGCAAGGUGACAUCGAGCACACCAAGGAGGGCCUUGACAACGACUUCGCCUCGCGGCGGUCCCAGCGGGCCUCGACGCACACCGUCCACUCGAUCGCCUCCACCGUCCUCACCCGCGCCUCCAACAUCAUCCAAAUCGCCUACAUCCCCGGCGUCACGAACCGCGCGACGCCGACGUCCCCUGCGCUUCUCGUACCCCCCGUGCCGCCGAUCCCCAUCGCCCACUCCGACGGCACCGGCAGCCCCUUACCCUUCGACGAGCAGCGCUUCUUCGUCCCCGGCGAGCUCCGCGACUCGACGUACUCGGGCAUCUCGGGCUACAGCGCCGGCGGCGACCGGGGCUCGUACGCACCGCGGUCGAGCGUCGCGUCCACCAUCUACGGCAAGAACGUCAUCGUCUCGCCGCUGCCCGCCCAGAAGGGCAACUUCCUCAAGCCCUCCAUCGUCAGCGUCAAGUCGCGCGGCGGCGCUGGCAGCAGUGGUAGCAGCAGCGGCGGCAGUGAUACCAACGCCCCCCCCGUCCCCGCCGUCGACUACGGCAAGUACUCGGACCAGCCGCCGCCCUCGCCCGCCUUUAGCAUCGGUGAUACGUUCUUCAAGAACGCGAACGCGGCCACGGCCACCGCCGUGCGGCCGCAAAUGGUGCGCGUGGGUAGCGGGCCCAAGACCGUCGAGGUGAAGGCGAAGUCGGGCUCCCCGGUCUCCUCGCCCUCUUUUGGUUCCGACAAAACGAGCGGUGGCGGUAACGCCUCGUCGACGGACAAAGUGCGGGACUCAUCAAACACGGCCACGACGAUCCUGGUCGACGAUGACGACGACGACGACGAACCGACGUCCCCGGGCGCAGACGGGAAGCGGCCGCUGCGCAGUCCCUUCGCGGACCCCCUGCCGUCGCCGACCCCGGUCGCGGCCUCUGCACUUAGCGGCACGAGCUCACUGAGCGCAGUGGCGGGCCCCGAGGCAGGUGUCCGUAGGGGCGAGCGGAACGGCAGCCCGUUCGGCGACGAGAACGCCCUGCGGGACUAAGCCCGCGAGAAGCCCGAGCCAUCUCGGCUACAUCACACCACCACGUACAUCCGGCACCCCGCGUCCCGGUUACCUUUUUUUUUUCUUUUUUUUUUCCUCGGACAUAUGAUGGCUGGCAGGCUGUGAGUGAUUUGUUGCGUGUCAUGACUGGAAAUGCGGGAAAUGCUCAUGGUUCGAGCUAUUAUCGUCGUCGUCGACAAGACCCAAAAUUUUUUCAAAAGUCAAAUGGAAGCGAGAGGAAUAUAUAUAUACCAUCUAUCGCGUCCUACUCUCGAUCUACAUCGUCAGAGAGCAAGAGAAAGAGGGGCAGAGAGAGAGAAUAUAGGAACAGAGAGCGAGGCGGCGAGAGAUA